AUGACAGACGAUGAUUCACAAGAAGAAGGCAACUAUGAUCAAAUCAAAUGUGUAGUCGUUGGUGAUGGUGCUGUCGGUAAAACAUGUCUAUUGUUAUCAUACAGUAACAAUGAAUUUCCAGAUGAAUACAUUCCAACCAUUUGUGACAAUUAUAGUAGCAAUGUGGAAUUUAAAGGCCACACAGUAUCACUCGCUCUGUGGGAUACAGCGGGUCAAGAAGAAUAUGAUCAAUUAAGACCACUCUCCUAUCCUGAUACAAAUGUAUUUCUGGUGUGUUUUAGUGUUGUAAAUCCAAGCUCAUUAGAAAAUGUGAAAUCGAAAUGGAUUCCAGAAUUGAAACAAUCAUGUCCAGAUACACCCAUUGUAUUGGUUGGAACUAAAAUUGAUUUGAGAGAUGAUCCUGAACUUCGAAAAAAACUCUCACAAAAAGCAACAGCACCCUACACGGAGAAGGAAGGUGAACAAAUGAAAGUGGAAAUUGGUGCAGCUUUUUAUAGAGAGUGUUCAGCCAAGACCAUGCAAGGACUUGCUGAAGUAUUUGAAUGUGUCAUUGAGGCACAUUAUCAGAAUUUGUUAGCUAAAAAGGAAUUGGAAUCAUCCAGUGGAGGUAAUGGUAGUGGUGGUAAUGGUACAAGAAAGGGCGGAAAGGGAUCAAAAGGUGAUAAAAAGAAGAAGGAUUGUUUGAUCAUGUAA